AUGUCUAAUUGGUCGGAUUGCAGUGAAGCACAGGGGUGGUGUGCGAGAGAUGUCGUCUUCUCCGCUGUCUCAUCCCCCAUCAACUUCGACGCCGCCGGCAAGCAGAACUUGGGAUCUAAGAAAGAGAUGGUUUACAAAGAUUGGGGAAAGAUUUGUGCUUGCCAAAACACGAAGAUAGGGUUUCUCGAUUCGCCUCUAGAAUCGCUCUUUCAACAGUUGCGGGAAGAGAAAGAAAAUAGGCUUUUCAAAAAUAGGCUUUAUAUAGCUGUUUUCUAUGCUACACCACCCACACCCACUGAUGGUUUGUCACUGGAAAACUGGACUCAGCUGCUCCGGCUGCGAUCGACCCCUUCUGGAUCAGGUCUAUGGAUAUGGUUGCACAGCCUGCAACUUUUACCUCCACAAAUCCAACACCCUUCCCACCCAAAACACCCUCUCUCUCUCCACCCAAAACCACCCCCUGUUUUCCCUUUUCUUUCCAACCAAGUCUGGUGUGAUGCUUGUAGGAAGACCAAUCUGAGCUUCACCUUCCACUGCAACGGCUGUGCUUUCAACAUCGACAUCGAUUGCGCUUCCCUAAUCCCAACCCUAAAUUGCCAACUUCACGAUCACCCUCUUGCUCUGUUCAACAACUUGAGUAUUGAUCACAAAUGCCAAGUGUGUGGUUCGCUCUGCAAUUUCUUUGUGCUCCGAUGUGUGCCUUGUAAUUUCAAUGUCCACGUUCAAUGUGUUGCGACGUUGCCACAAACAGUUCAGAUUUCGUGUCACAGACAUCCGCUGACGCUCACUGAUUCUCUUUUUGAAGACGAUUCCGAUGUUGAUGAAUUCGUCUGCGAUGCUUGCGAACAAGAAAGAAAACCCGGGCAAUCCGUUUACCAUUGUGAGGAAUGCCAUUUUGUUGCUCAUGUUUACUGUGGUGUGUCUGAGAUACUACCAACUUUGUUUAGGGCAAGUGAAGAAGACCAAGGUGGAGCAGCUGUAUAUCCUAUUCUUGCCAGACUUGAUAAUGAGAUCAGAAUACUCCGCUGUGAAUCAGCGAUGCUAGCUGGAAAAUUAGCAGAAGUAACGAGAAAAUUAAAAGAACUUGACGAGAAAAGAAUGGAGCUUGUUGCAACUGCAUUGUCCAGGAGAAUUACUCCGAGUUCUCAAGUCCAUUUAAGCAACAUAUGCGCAUUGUUAAGAAGCCUGAUUUUACAAUAGGGUGUGUCAAACAAUGGUUAGUUUUUUUUUAUAAAAUUAUAUUUAUAUCUGCUGCAAGACACAUGCUCAAUGUAAGAGAGAUCACUCCCACAUCAAAACUAUGAUGCUAAAGUUUAGUAAAUAUUAGUAAUAGCUUGAAUUUGUUGUAAAUUUGUUAAUCAAAUUACUGUAGCAAAUAAAGUUGGUACAAUUGAAUGAAGUGUGGUGAAUUUA